AUGUCAUCUUCAGAUGAAGCAGAAGGUGAGACCUUCCAACUUCGAGAUUACGAUCAAGACACCGACGAUGAAAGACCGAACAAGCGCAGGAAGACUGCCGCAAAGCCGUUAUGGAGCAAAGGCAUGAGUUUCGUCUCCUCCACGGUAUCGGCUGCAAUUGAAGGCAACAACGAGGAGGACGAAGACGAGCAAGAUGUUGAUGAUGAGCGGCCAACAAUGGGCUCGAUGGGCGGCUUUCGCAGCGCCUUCAACAUUGGCGAGUACUCGGCUGACGCCAGUGAAUCCUCUCCGGCCCCUGGAAAUGAAGCGCCAACUCCUCAACAGCCCAUCGGCGCAGGACGAUCUGCUUUUGGGCCCGGCGGAAAGAUGAACAAGAACUCGUUUGCUGCGCGCAUGAUGGCGAAACACGGCUACGUCGAAGGACAGGGUCUUGGUAAGGACAGACAGGGCAUCUCUGCUCCAAUCCAGGUGCAAUUGUUGCAAAGCAGGGCUGGCCUUGGUCAGGGAAGCGGCCCAGCGCCGCCGAGGCAACAGAAGCAGAAUAAUGACAAGGCUUCGAAGCCAUCCACGCCAGGCGCAAGCACGCCCAGGGUCAAGGCACCUCCGAAGCCAAAGUACACAAUCGCUGCAAUUGAAUCGAGAGGACUCCAUGUCCCAGAAGCUAUGAAGUCAAUCAUCAUCGACGCAACGGGUGCGGAAACCAGGACAAUUUCUUCGGUGUCUGCAUCUGGCUUCUCGACACCAGUGCGAGAACAGUCCCCAGGGACCAUUGAGAGGUCGAAAGCUUCAGCACGCAUCAAGCUGCAGCUUUCCGCAUAUGCUGAGGCCUGGGAUGCAGCAAAAGAGGCCGAGUCUCGCCUCGACGAUGAAGAAUCUCAGCUUGCGACUUCGAUUGCGUUGCACGAGGAAGAGGAGCAAAGAUUUCGCGAUCUUAUUACCACAUUUGAGAGGGUGACUGCCGACGAUUCUGCACAGCAGAGGUCUUGGGGCGAUGUGGUUGCUCGUCUUCUGGUCAUCCAGGACACCUACGCCCCCUAUAUCGAAGAUCUCGACCUUCCAGAACUUGCGAUUUCGUGCUUGGAACCAGCGUUUCGAUCUGCAAUUCUCGAUUGGUCGCCGUUGAAUCAACCCGGGCACUUUGUUGAUUCUCUGCAAUCGCUUUCAUCAUUGUUACAGAUACCCAAGAUUCAAGCCAGUCAUCCUCGGAAGCGUACUACACCAUACGAAACUCUGCUACUACAGCAUUGGUAUCCCUAUGUACGCGGCGCCGUUCAGCACGAAUGGUCAAUAUAUGACCCGUUACCACUCGUUACUCUUCUCGAUAACUGGAAACCUUGUCUACCGCCAUGGCUAGUCACCAAGCUUUGUGGAGAGAUAAUUCUUCCCCGUCUCAUCGAAGGUGUUCAUCGAUUCCCAAAACGUGCGGCGGAACAGCACUCUACCAGCACAUUAACUGAUGGCACAAGUACGCCAAAGAGACUGCCUGCACCAGAUCUUCACGCCUGGCUCUUCGACUGGUGGAGCCUUCUCAGCGAUCCUGAUUUUGACCUCGAGCUUUUCCCGGAGCUGCGUUCGGCUGCUCAGGCUCACGCGGACUCCGCCGAGCCGAGUUAUAGGGAGCUAGUCGACGCAUGGUGCACGGAAAACGAUCUGCUUCUUCAGAAUACGGGUCGGAGCGAUGCACUUGGGCGGCUACUAUACCGUCUGGUGGAUGUGACUGGCAAGGGCAAAGGGUCGUUGGUAUACAUCGCGGACGAUGUACUCUUCGACGGCGAUGGCAAACCCUGGAUGCUUGACGAUGACUUAAUGCAUCGUGUUCGCGGCAGAACCUCGUAA